AUGCUCACCGCUAUUACCAGCUGCCCGGACGAAACGUUUUCCUGCCCCGCGCCCGUCACCGUUGUUUUGCCGAGCCCUGCCGCGAGUUGCCUCCGGAUCCCACGGCCUAGCGCGAGUCGGUCGUUCAAGCUCGAUUGGCUGGGGGAUGCGUCUGCUCUCGCUGCUGCUCUCGCGGCAGCGAGCAAUGCGACAGAUAAGAUCGCUUCUGGCGGGGAAUCGGCAGGGGGAUCAGGGGGAAUCGGCAGGGGGACGACGGGGGGAUUUGCAGUGGGUUCGACCGGAGAACCCGCCACGAAAUCUACCAGCAAAGUGGCUCUCGACUCCCCUGGAAGCAGCGCUGCCGCGGACUCAGCGCCGCAACAUGCGGCGGGCGCUGCGGGAUCCAGGUUACGGGGGGAACGGUUAAUGCACCCGAUUACGCUGCCGGGAGAGGCGGCAGGCGCGCCGUUCGCCGCGCCGCAGAAGAUGGAAAUCAGAUCGAUUAGUUGCGAGGGAGCAGAGCCGUUCGAUGCUGCUACACUCGCGCUGCUCUUAUCCGCGCCUUGCGCUCCCGCUAGCACCGGAUCUGCCGCUUCUCCUUCAGGGAGUCCCGCGUCUGCGAUUCCCGGCGCAAAUUCCGGUAACACCACGGAUAUUUCUGCCACGUCAUCGUCGACGUAUUCGUCUUCUUACCCCGUCCCUGCGAACGCAACUGCCACGUCGGAUUCCGGAUCAUCGUACAGCGUCACUUUAUUCGCGUUAGCAGUCGCCGCGGCGUCUGUGUGCGUGCUGGCGUUCGUCGGAGCCGCGUUUUACUUCGCUCCCGAGUUCGCCAUCCGAACCGCGUCCGCCGCAACCGCCGCCGCGAGCGCCGCGUCUCUCACCGCGGAAAUCGCCACGUCAACCGCGGGUCACGAGCGCGGGCGCGGAGAUUCCCGCUCUGACUCCUCCCCCUCCGUCCCGCUGCGCUCCUCCCGCGCCCCCUCAUCCUUGUCUUCGGAUUCUUCGUUAUCGUCACUAGCCGCUGCCUCUUCCCCCUCCUCCUCUUCCCCCUCUUCGUAG